GGGGAAUCCGUCAAUGUGAUGUCACAGCCGGCAGAGAGGCGGGUCGAGAGCAGGAGGAGCACCAGCAGGAGCCCCGGACGAUCUACUACCGCCCUCGUCCUACUCCUUCACAGCGUGUGUGCAAAAUGAAACAUGGAUGAGGAGCUCGCCGAAAGUUGGGAAGAAGCUGCUGACAGUGGGGACAUGGAAAAGCGGUUAGAAGAAAAGCUAAAACUCUGCCACAGAGAAAAGGAAUCCAGCAACAAUUCAUCACAUUCUCCUCUAAGGACAGCCAUGGUAAUCCAGGACGAUUCUCUCCCAGCAGCACCUCCACCACAGAUACGCAUUUUGAAACGCCCCACAAGUAACGGGUCACUAGGAUCACCUAUGAAUCAGACAAGGCCAACGCCACAGGUCAAGUCUCUGGCUCAGCGUGAGGCAGAAUAUGCUGAGGCUAGGAAAAGAAUACUGGGUAGUGCCUGCCCAGAAGAGACGUCUCAGGAAAAGCCCAGUGUGGACAGGCCAGGACGCAAUAACGUUUCAGUGCCCUCGGAGGACACUCGAUCAUCCAAUCAUACUGUUCGACAGCCUGCCGGUCCAGAUGGGAGCCACAGCUUCAGACAGCACAGAUAAGUGGACCUUAGGGCCACUAAGUUGCGGAGAAGAGGACACAUGCACUGUAUUCUUAAAUUUCCAUCAGUUCCAUUCUGUGAGAAGAACAGUGGGAUUUAUCACUGCUGCUCAUCUCUGUCCACCAGCGGUUGCUUGGAACUGAAAGUCACCAAGGAACUCCAGGAUGGAAGUCUGAUGUGCUUCUUACCCCUCCUCAGUGUAGUCUCUUUGACACUGUGAUUACUUUUAUGGACAUUUUCUGGAUUCACUGUGAUGAUCCCUUUAAGACAUGUCCAUCACCUUUGCCUCUCUCCUCCACUAGUAUCCAGAAGCUUCAUCUAAGCAUGCUCCAAAGAUGGAAACAAUGACUUUUUAAAAGGAUAGCAGAGAAAGGAGGGAAAUGGGGGUGAAGGUGAUGGGCCAAAGUGAAAGAUGAGCUGGUACUUGUGCAGCAGCAAUAAUACUACACAUCAAUUUUCACUUUUGCCACAUUUUUAACUUUUCAGACUUUGGUUUGCUGGGUUUUUAUCUUGUGGGGAUGCUCUGAUAUCAAAAACAUACUGUAGAAGUCCAUUACCUGUUUAUGGCAACAGUAUUUUAUAUUAAAGGUUUUUAGUAGACCCAACAUUUGAUAUAAAAAUGGUACUUGAUGAAAAACUGAGCUGGUGGCAGUAUCAGCUCACCCCUCAAAUGUGUUAAUUGCCAUGUUUUUAAAACAAGGGGAAAGGGUCGAAUUGAAUUUCAGACAAGUUUUGUUUACAGCUUCCUCUUAUUCUCACAGUCAUUGCAACCCUAAAAUGAAAACAUGGACUUAGGUGCAUUUUCUAAGUAGCUUUUCUGCCUUUUUUGUAUGAGAUGGCAACAAUGUAAGCAGUAUUUUGAGUCAUAAAAUACCAAUUGCCCUUUUUAACAUCCACUUAGAAACAUAUCAGGUAAAAAGGAUUACAUUUGUUAAGGUAUUGUCAAAAAGAGGUUCAGAUGGAGGAAUGAAUUAACUGCUGUACUUCACAUGCAGCUCAGCAGCAUCUCGGCCUGGUCAGUGCCGUCAUGCUCAUCCGAUCCUUCACUGAUGUACAGUACAGUACGUUGGAACUCAGGUGCAAGUGAAUGAGACUGGAUGAAUGAAAUGUACGUAAGAUUGUAUUUUUCCAGCAGGUUUGAGUGUUGGUGUCAGUAAACUCAAGUUGGCACUUUGUUGGAACAGGAGUGUUAAAUGAAUAGGAUCUAUGUUCACAUCCUGACAUGAAUGAGCGUUUUUCUUGUCUUAAAUGUUGACAUUGUGAGAGUGUAACAUAACUCUCUUGUUGUUGUAGCUGAUGGUGUUCACUCGGCUGCAUGGAAACCAGAAAGGUAGCUUGUUUUUCCACAUUUGUUUUAAGGAUUCAAGAUAUUUUAAAGCCAUAUUCAGUGGUGCACAUCACCAGUAAAGAAAUACUUCUAUCAAUGUUUGAAUUCAGCCUGUGCCUCCUGCAUUACGUCUUCACUUUGCAAUUGCAGUAAGUUACGAGGUUAAAUUGACAAAACUGGUAGACUGAUGUCACAUCAGGAAAUCCAGCAGGGCAACAAGGGGUAAAUCUGAACUCGGAGAAAGAAAACAAACUGCCUGUAAAUACUGAUUACUGAAUAAAAUGAUUUGCCAAAAA